GGCAGUCCCACUCGCGCCUUUUGGCAAAUUUAUAUUUCGACUGAGUCUUGUGAAGUUUGUUGUUUUAUCACACCACUACCUUUACCGCACACAUUGUGCAACAUCAUGAGCAGCUUUCUAGAACUGUACGAGCCUCUGGAUAUCAUCGGCAAUGGUUCAUUCGGAAUUAUUCGUAAAGUCAGAAGGAAGUCGGAUGGCCAGAUUCUUGCAAGAAAGGAGCUCAACUUUGAGAGAAUGAGCGACCGUGAUAGAAAACAAAUUGUUGCUGAAGUUAAUAUCCUGAAAGAUCUGCACCACGAGCAUAUUGUACGAUAUCACGACCGUCACGUUGACCGAGAUGCAGGCAUCCUGUACAUCCUCAUGGAGUAUUGUGGCGGAGGGGAUUUAUCUACUGUCAUAAAGCAGGCGCAAAAGCACAACCGACCCGUACCAGAGGACACGAUUUGGAACUACUUCAUGCAAAUUUUGCUUGCGCUUCAUUAUUGCCAUCACCCUGGCAGCCAUGGACGAAUAGGUAGUGGCACGUCUGAAGGUGAUGCCAAGCGGCCGCAGAUUUUACACCGAGACCUCAAGCCAGAUAAUGUCUUUCUGGACCAAUCAAAUACCGUGAAGCUUGGUGACUUUGGCUUGUCAAAAGCGCUAUCCCAAGCAAACUUUGCGAACACAUACGUCGGGACACCAUAUUAUAUGUCUCCUGAGCUGAUGCAAGAACGAGCCUACGAUUCCAAGUCUGAUAUCUGGUCUUUGGGUUGUCUCAUAUACGAGCUGUGCGCCCUGAAGCCGCCAUUCCAUGAAGCCAAGACUCACGCUGAGUUGAGCAUAUUUAUACGGAACGGCCGAAUACCACCCUUGCCGAAAGGGUACAGCCAGGCACUGUCAAGUGUUAUCAAAGCAAUGUUGAACCUUAACCCCGCGAUGAGGCCUUCGGCAGCUCAGCUCCUCCAACACGAGCGCUUGGAGCUCGUUUUCAAGGUUUCAGAGACUGAAAAGAUGCUCACUACAGUGAAAUCACACAAAGUAGCGGUUGUUACGAAAGAGCGGGAAGUCGCUGCCCGCGAGGCAGCCCUCGCAGAACGGGAAGCACGGCUAACAUCCAUUGUAUCUGAAAAAGAUCACGAAAUCGUCCGACUCCGGGAGCUCUUGGGACAGGCAGAGGCCCUCUCAGAACAACGGCUGCGUGAUGUGCGAAAACGUAUGGAGGAAGUGAUGGCGCUGCGUGAGGAAGAGCUUGAACAACAUGUGCGCCAGCGUGAUCAGGAGUUAUUUGCGUGGUGGACAACAAGAGAGCAGGAGAUAAGGGCAGGGAUGAUGAAGGAACUAGAGGACAGGGUGAAUUGGGUUCGAGGGAGGGAAGAAGAGCUCGAGGCAGAGCAGGGCAAGCUGGACGAAGCAAGGCAAGAUCUAGAAGUAAGGCUGAAAGCAGCGGAAGAGAAGGCUGCGAACGAAGCUAAAGGACCCAAAGACAAGACGCCCCUAGAAGAAGUGAAAAACCUUCUUGUACCUCUCACACAGAUGACUCAAGACUGCCGCUUGCGGUCUGCCCAACGGCGGUCGCAGGAUGUUUCCUUCAUGAACACAACCAUGACGCUCGAAACGCCGAUCAACCGUCCCGCCAAACCUCUGGUGCCCUUUUCAGCGAUGAAAGGUGUCAUCCUGACAGACACUGGCGAACCGUUGGCAACACCUACUCCAGCUCAGCUCGUCAAUCUUUUCGUCAAAUCACCAAAAGUGAAUAUCGAGUUUGCCAAGAUAUUUGAUUUUGACGAGGGAGCUGAGAACUCCGAAGCAGAAGACGGGGAGGGUUAUACCGACUUGCCGCCUUCCCCGUCGAAACGAGAACGAACAAGUCCCGAGAUGACUGCCUCAGCCUCGUCAUCAAGAGACCCGAAUGUUGUCCCCCCCACACGUCUACGCAAGCCGUCUAUUCGAGGAUCUGUUCGACGGGCACCUCUCCGGAGAACUGCGACUCUACCGGCAUCUGCCUCUGAUCCUACGGGAUUCGCAUCAUCAUCACGACCCUCGAAGUCAACAACCUCGCGCACAGAGUCUACAAAUGCUUGUACGACUACAAAGACAGCGCCCCCCGUACCCCCAGAAUAUGACCUUUCUGACGAAGAAAAUUUACCUAGUCCUUUCCUUAAGCGCAUUGAACGUGAACGAGCGAUAGCCCCUGGAACUUUUCGGACAACGAAACAUUCAGGUGCCGGCAACCUCUUGCGCGUCGUAGCAGCUGCAAACAAUGCCAAGCAGGGGAAACGACCUCACGCCGCAGGAAUGAUGGGUCAUGGCACUCGGCCGGCGCUUGCAGGUGCUCGGAAGGCAAGUGAGGAGGCGCAAAAGGCAUUGUCACGAUCAUGACAUGUGGUGUACUCUAUGUAGAAUCAUUUUGUUUUAUUGCAUCAAUAUUGACGAUAUGUUAACGAUAACCUUCUAUU